CUCGGGCAUUAUCGCACAUUUCUCCGCGACGUUUCCGACCGCAAUAUCAUCGCGUCGGCCAAUCGUGGGAUCCUACUCUCGGCCAUAUCGAAUUGCGCAUUCUCGAGUCUCAUGUCGCAUCUCGCGCGGCGUCCGUGAUCGUCCAUCCAUCCGUCCGUCCGUUUGUCCGGUCGUUCGUUCGCUCGGCCCAGUUCGGUACUGUCUGCGCCGCGAGUAAGUUCGCCGAUUGCGAUCUCAUGUUGGGGGGAAAAAAAGGAGAUUGAUAUCUCGUGCGAUCUCGAGAGGAGAUCCCGAUACGUCAUCGGAACGCACGGAAAAGGCUCGAGAGACGCCUGCUACCACCCAGGCCUCGUCGUGCGACAUAGUUAUUUGCGAGCUGUUGUGUUGGUGAAAUGUUGUCCCGCUGACUUUGUCCGAUGCAUGGUGAGAAUUCGUAAGCAAGCGUCAUUUGCCAUACCGUCAUCGUUGUCGUGCGCGCUAAGCGUGCGUUAAAAGCUUAGAAUCGUGUUCGCGUCGCCCGUCCUCCCGACGCGGAGCCUCUCUCAGCAGUCGGCUAUUCUUGAGAGGAACUCGCGUACAUACAUAGUUCUCUGUCUCCUAUACAAGAGCCACGCGCUAAGUUGGUGCGAAGAGCGUACGGAGCGCCAGUUGCCGAAAGCUGCUCAGCGGACAGCGGACCGUUGUCAUACGAGUGAGAUGAUCAACAUGGAAACGGACAAAAUUAUCGACGACACGAACACGAGUCAGCAGUAUCCGAUGACAAUAUUGUACGAUCCGAGUUGCAAAAAGGAACCAUCUACAGGAGUAACCACGCAAUAUGGACAGGAAAGAGAAAUUUGUAUGAAGCUAUUUGAAAGAUGGAGUGAGCCGGAACAAGUGCACUUUGUCGAACAGCUGUUAGCGCGAAUGUGCCACUAUCAACAUGGACACAUCAAUGCGUAUCUCAAACCAAUGCUGCAGAGAGACUUUAUCUCACUUUUGCCAAAAAAAGGAUUGGACCACGUUGCAGAAAGUAUUCUUUCAUACUUAGACGCUAAAUCGCUUGUUUCUGCAGAGCUGGUAUGUAAGGAAUGGCAUAGAGUAAUUAGCGAAGGAAUGCUUUGGAAAAAGUUGAUUGAACGCAAGGUUCGAACAGAUUCAGUCUGGAGAGGAUUGGCUGAAAGAAGAGGAUGGAUACAAUACCUCUUUAAACCGAAACCGGGCGAGGCAUUUCCGAAUCACAAUUUCUAUAGAUCUCUUUAUCCAAAAAUUGUCAAAGAUAUCGAGAGUAUAGAAAACAAUUGGAGAAUGGGCCGAUUCAAUCUUCAGAGAAUUAAUUGCCGUAGCGAGAAUUCGAAAGGUGUUUAUUGUCUACAAUACGACGAUCAGAAGAUAGUCUCCGGACUCCGUGACAACACGAUUAAAAUCUGGGAUAGAAAUACUCUGCAAUGCAUUAAGGUGUUAACAGGGCAUACAGGUUCUGUGCUGUGCUUGCAAUACGAUGAUAAGGCUAUAAUAUCUGGUUCUUCGGAUAGUACCGUGAGAGUUUGGGAUGCUAAUACAGGCGAGAUGGUUAAUACGCUCAUUCAUCAUUGUGAGGCGGUGUUGCAUCUUAGAUUUAACAACGGCAUGAUGGUUACAUGCUCCAAGGAUCGUUCAAUAGCUGUUUGGGAUAUGACAUCGCAAACGGAGAUUGCAUUGAGAAGAGUUCUAGUGGGACACAGGGCAGCAGUGAAUGUGGUCGAUUUUGACGAGAAAUACAUAGUUUCCGCUAGUGGUGAUAGAACUAUCAAAGUAUGGAAUACAUCUAAUUGCGAGUUCGUGCGAACGUUGAACGGACAUAAGCGCGGUAUAGCGUGUUUGCAAUAUAGGGAUCGCUUAGUAGUUAGUGGCAGUAGUGAUAAUACCAUACGACUGUGGGAUAUCGAGUGUGGGGCAUGUCUACGUGUUCUAGAAGGACACGAGGAACUAGUGAGAUGUAUUCGAUUUGAUAGUAAACACAUUGUCAGUGGUGCUUAUGAUGGUAAAAUUAAAGUUUGGGAUUUGGUAGCAGCUUUAGAUCCUCGUGCCGUUGCUAGUACACUAUGCUUACGUACCUUGGUGGAGCAUACUGGACGCGUAUUUCGUCUUCAGUUUGACGAGUUCCAAAUUGUUUCAUCCUCUCAUGAUGAUACAAUACUCAUUUGGGACUUUCUCAAUUAUAAUCCAUCAAGUGGAAGUGUAUGCAGUGGACGCUUACCGAUGGAUGGAGCGCCAAAUCAAGCUGAUACUAGAUCUCCUUCCCCAUUUGAGUGACGCAUCAAUACGGAGAUUCCUUUAUUGUGAUACAAUUACAAGUGGUUAGUGAGUGAAUCCAAUGUGUUCACAAUAAUGUAUGCAAAGAACGAAAUAUCCGAUAAUGAGUGUCCAGUGUGAACGACAAUUAAAGAAUCACAUUGACAUCUGAAGGAAAAACUUGGUUGGUCAAUGACUUUGAUUUAUACUUUGCUGGGGCAACAAAAGAAAUUUCCCAAGGAAUAGGGAAGUAAAACCGACUGAGUGCUGCGUGGAACUAUAAAUUAUAAUUUAUAAUAUAUGUGCUUGAUGCACUAUGUUCAGGAACGAACAAUAUGUUUAAAAAAGCCACAUAAAUGCAUCCCAUGGAUGUAAACGAUUGUCGUCGUUUGCUUUGGCCAUAUCUGGAAUUCUUCUACGCUCUAUGACAUGAUAGAAAUCGAGACCAUUUUCCUAAGGUAAAGUAAAAACAAAAAAAAGAAAAAAAAAGACUUAUAAUACAUAAUAAAAUGAAGCGUUUUUAAGGAGGCUGGAUACUAUAUUUAAUAAAACGUUAGAUGUAUUAUUGUAAAUUAAUAAUUUUUUUAUAUAAUUAAUUUAUGAAGUAAGAAAAUAUUGUAAAAUGUUUGAUUGGGGUACUUACUUUGUGUGAAUGUGUAAAAGGAAAUUGUUAAACGGGAAGAUUAUUGCACCGUCUUUAGCGAAUAGCUGAUAGCAAAGUGCUAUAUAUACCCACGUUUAGAAUUUCAAACAAUCAUUAAUUGUGAAUACAUAAUAAUUUUUAAUAGAUGUUUUCAAUCUUUGUGAAGCUUAUGUUAUUUAAAAAACGAGUGAAGAGCCAACAACCUCUGCACAGUUUGGUACAAUUUCAUUUGCAUUUAAAAUAUAAAAAUCAUUACAUCAGGAUGUAAAUAUCAUUAUUAUUAUUAUUAUUCUUAUAUAAAGACAAAUAUGUAAUAUGUGGUUCUAAAAUAGUCAUUAAAAAAGAAAGAAAAGUCUAUUAUCAUAUCUUAACUAUUGAUCUCGUUUUAGAUCAUUUCAUUCACAUUUUUGUAUAAUAUAGGUUUCUCAUUUUUAUAUAUCUCUAAACUGUUAAUUUAUUAGGAAGUAUAUUAUAUUAUAGUAUAUUAUAUUCCUAACAAGUUAACAUUUAAUAAUGUUAAAUUUUAAUGAUUUGGUAUUUCACUAGAAUUUCAAGAAAUACUCUUUAAAUUUAACAAAUAUCUUAAACGCAAAUAUAUAAAUGAAAUGUAUUGCUAUCUCGAUAUUUAUAAUUAUGUACAUAGCUGAGUAUAUAAAGUUCAUACGUAGUUGAAUAGCAUUGCUAUGAAACGCUCCAGUAAUUGUGAUAUUAAGGAAUAAUUUGUACUUUGCAAAUAUAAUACUAAAAUACAUAUAUAAUAUUAUAAAAUUAUACAUAAUAAUAUAAUAAUGCAAUAUUAUAAAAUUAUAUGUAAUAUCGUAAUAUUGUACAACAAUAUUAUUAGUAUUUGCGAAAUGGUUACAAAUCCAUGAUAUCACACGAGCUUUGAGCGUUAUCAGAUAUUUGAUAUCAAAUAAUGCUACAAUGUUAGUAACUACGUGAAAGUGUGUGAGAUAUUGGGAAGAAAGUGAAAUACCGAAUUACGUUUUAAAUGUGUGUUUUGUUAAUAAUGGUCAGUAAAAAUGCGAUCUAAUAUAAUCAUUUAUGAACAUUUAUCAAUCAAUAGUGGGUUAUACGAAACCGAAUUGUCACGGUAAAUAAUAAUACAUAUUCCAAGAUGUAAUAUUAUAACCAUUCAAAUAUUUCUGAAGCCCUAAAUAAGAUAUUCAUUAUAGAAGAAAAUAUACAUUUUUAUUUCAAUCGCAUAUAUGUAACAUUAAUUUCAGAUUUUGAUACGAGUGUGUGCUAUGUAUACAGAAUACAAUUUUACAAAUUAUAUUAAUACACAUGGAAAAAAUAGUAAGGCAGUAUUAAAUUAACAUUUAAAAUACGAGUGAAAUUUCUUUACUCUUAUAAUGUACAGUUAAAAAGAAAAAGAAAUAUGUAGAUAUUGCGGAUAUUUGUACACAAUUCGUUCAGGUUACAAAUGUUUCUGCGUUAAAUAAAGUGAAAAUGAGAUAAAAAUGGAAAAUUAACGAGUUGCGCGCGAACUGGGUACAAAGAUUGUGAUUUUUGAAAAAUUAAUACAAUUUGAUGGAAAUUUUGUAUAAUUUUGAGGUAUGUAUAUAUUUAUAUAUAUUAUAAAUAUGGGGUGUACUGUCUCGGUAUGCAAAAAAGCAUAAAGCAUACUUUGGUAGAGUAUUAUAUGGCAUACACAUAGUCUUUGAAUUUGUGACUUAUUUCAGCAAGUAGGCGAAAUAAUAGUGAUCGUAGCUAGGCAUUAAAACGUACUCUUGCAUUACAAACAUUAAUGUUCUCCAUCGUCCUUUCACUAUCUACAGAUACGCGUAUGUAGGUAUUAUUAAAAGACAUAUUUGUGUGCGCGUGUGUAUGUGUGUUCUGUGUCUUCCUUAUUGGGAUAUGGAAAGAUUUUCUUUUUUUUCCUUUUUCUUUUUUUGCUUAAACUAAAAUCUGAGAUUUUAGUUGGGAACUUCUAUCGCAUCUUGUAUAAAUAUGCCGAAAACAUCGCAUCGAAUUAUUCUUCGAUUGAAUGGAAAACAUAAGUAAUAUGGAACAAAACUAAUAUUUGGAGAUAUCAUGUAAUAUUUAAGAAAUUACGUGAAUUUAUAUCUCAUUAAAAACAUGCCACUCACUGCGAUUUGAUCGUAGGAUGUGCAUGUUUGAGAAACUAUUGAAAAUACCAGUGAAAUAUCCUUAAGAAGAUAUUGUGAUGCUUUAUUGUUAAUAUCGAUAUGAAUCUUCGUGUAUGAGAAUAACUGAAUAGAGAGGAUACAAAGGCUGUGCAAAAGCUAUAUUCGAAAUAUAACACCUACACAAGAA